UUCCAUCCUUCCUCCUACCCUCUUUUCUUUCUUGCUCUUAAAAGAUGUUGGUUCGUUUAUAUAUCCUUAUCUUGCUUCCCUAAUGUUCCAACCCUGACUCUCUCUACCUAAGCACGUCUCCCCUUUAUUUAGCUGCCCUUUUCUUCCUUUUCCUCUUCCUUUUCCAUUCUUCCUCCUACCCUUUACUCUUUCUUGCCUUUAAAAGAUGUUGGUUCGUUUAUAUUUCCUUAUCUUGCUUCCCUAAUCUUCCUCCCUCCUCCUUAACCUUUCAUGCAACCCUGCCUCUCUCUGCCUCUGCACGUCUCCCCUUCCGCACGUCUUCCCUUCAUUUAGCUGCCCUUUUCUUCCUUUUCCAUCCUUCUUUCUACCCUUUUCUCUUUAUUGUUUUAAUAAUAAUAUGUUGGUAUGAACUGUUUAGCGCCCCGUUGAAAAGUGUGCAGUGUUUACAUCGUGAUGGCGGGGGGCGGGGCGGACGCGCUCGCUUGCAUUCCUCCUGCAGCACUAAAUAAAUUUGUCUACCAUGUCAUCGAUGGGCUGUGUGGGGCGUCAUCAGCCGUCCCGCAGCACCCCAGCUUUAAGAACUGUCCCCUGGAGAAGUUCGAUCAGGCCCGGCAGGAGGUGGAGUCCUUAGCCCGGGACCUCGCCACCGAUAGGCUCACCCAAGAGGAGGCUGGUUCUCUGCUCUCCUCGCUGGGUCCUGAGGCAGCUGGAAGGGUGUGUGAAGCUGUGGGUGCGAGGAGGCAGGAGAUACGUGAGGCUGUGGCGGGGGAGAUGCUCAACAGGACCAGGAGACUCACAGACUUUGAUUGGAAUGUUAGGUUUGUCCACCAUGUCAUCGAUGGGCUGUGUGGGGCGUCAUCAGCCGUCCCGCAGCACCCCAGCUUUAAGGACUGUCCCCCGGAGAAGUUCGAUCAGGCCCGGCAGGAGGUGGAGUCCUUAGCCCGGGACCUCGCCACCGAUAGGCUCACCCAAGAGGAGGCUGGUUCUCUGCUCUCCUCGCUGGGUCCUGAGGCAGCUGGAAGGGUGUGUGAAGCUGUGGGUGCAAGGAGGCGGGAGAUACGUGAGGCUGUGGCGGGGGAGAUGCUCAACAGGACCAGGAGACUCACAGACUUUGAUUGGAAUGUUAGGGUGGCAGUGUCCAGCAGCAAGGUCCUGAGCCUCAACCAGCUGCUUCUCUCCCUCCGCCUCCACUCAGCAUCACAGGAGAAGGAGAUGCCAGACAAGAUGCUGGAGAUGACAGCCACUGAAGUGGACUCUCUGUUAGGGAUGCUGAGAGAGGCACAGGCCACUCUAGCUAGCCUUCAGAAGUAGCAGUAGUAGUAGUAGCGGUAGUAGUAGUAGUAGUAGUAGUAGUAGUAGUAGUAGUAGUAGUAGUAGUAGUAGAAUUAGAAGUUGGAAGUCAGAGAUAUAUUUAUGACAGGGAAGGAAAGUUGAUGAAUAAGCCACAAUGUAGGUCUCUCCUUAUAUCUUUGUUAAUCCUUGUGUGUAUGAAUCCUUAUAUAUCUUUGUUUAUCCUUGUGUAUGUGUCCCUAUAUCCUUGCUUAUGAAUCCUUAAAUUAUGUCCUACUGUAUGCGUCCUUAUAUGGUUGUGUGUAUGGGACAGUACAAAAGAAUGCAAUGAAUGGCUGUCAUGUGAUUUAUAUGUUAAUUCUUUGCCGUGGUUGAAAUAUUUGCAUUGUUGACCCAUGUGAUCUCUCAGGGGGAACUGAUCGAUUAUUUUGUGAUGCCAAUAAACUGAUCACUCGUAGCCAUUUCUGUUA